UCAAAACAAAGGGCAGUAAAAAAUGGCGGGUGAAGCAGUAGAAAAGAAACUCUACAACUCUGCAUCACAAGGAGAUGUAACAGCAGUUGUACAUCUCCUUGAAGAAGAUCCAUAUCUUGUUCAUGGAGUCAUAUUUCCAUACUCAAGAAAUCUUCUCCACAUAGCAGCAAUACAUGGACAAACAUCCAUUGUUGAACAUGUGCUUAACCUUAAUCCGCAGCUAGCUUGUAUUUCAGACUCCCAGAAAUCAUCGCCUCUCCACAUUGCAGCAGCAAGAGGCCACGUCGAGAUUGCCUCGAUAUUGUUCUCAAAAGCCCCAGAGAUGUGCUGGCGGCGCGACGACCAAGGCAUGAAUCCGGUUCAUGUUGCAGCCAUGAAUGGGCAUGUUGAGAUUCUUGAACAUCUCCUUCUAGAGAAUUCUAUGGCUGCGAUGGAGAGACUGCAUCGCGGACAGACUGUGAUGCAUUUGUGUGUGAAGCAUGCUCAACUUAGGGCGUUAAAGGUUUUAGUGGAGAAGAUGGGAGAUCUUGUGUGUACAAAAGAUGAUGAUGGUGAUACAUUAUUGCAUUGGGCUGUCAGAUGCAACCAACUCGAGACUAUACAAUACUUGGUGGAAAACAGAGUCAUAAAGCAUCAAACAAGAAACAGGAUGGGCAAAACAGCGCUCCAAAUCUUGAACGAGAGCCCUCUAACCACCAUCAACUACUUAGAGAUGAAAAUGCUCAUAACAAAUGUGUCAGAUCUUUCAAUUUUCCAAUUGAUCCCGGAGAUGAGCAACACCGUAAUGGUGGUGGUAAUCCUGAUCGCCACGAUGGCCUUCCAGACGGCCACUAACCCCGCGGGCGGAGUUUGGAAUGUAGAUGACCCCAGGUCGUCUCACAAAGCCGGAGAGGCUGUGAUGGCAACCACCCAGCCCGAUCAAUACACGAACCUUAUAUUCGCCAACACAACGGCCUUCAUAUGUUCCAUCACCGCGAUAUACAUCUUCACCGCCAGGAUGCAUAUCAAUCACUUAUUCUUCAUGACGGCGUCCUGGAUUGCCACGAUAGCGGCACUGGUAUCCAUCAUGUUCACCUACUACACGUCGGUGAAAAUGAUCACACCGGAUGAGAUUAUGCACUCGCCAAGAAACAAGAUUCUCGAGUGCGUGAUGAUGGAGCUGUACGGAUUUGGAAUGCUAUACAUGUGUGUUAUUUUUGUAAGUAAAUUGCACCAGUCGUGGGAGAGUAAGAGGCGGCGCCAACUAGAUCUUGCUGCCGAUGCUUUCCCGCGGCGUGUUUUCUAUUGGAUUUUUCAGCAGCUGGAGAAGCGGGGUGGUCUUCCGAUUGUCUAGCAAUUGGAGGCCCGGGGUUAUUUUGAGAUGUUUCAGAUAUAAGACUAAACAGGAUCUGUAAUUAUGAACAACAAAUUGAAUGGCCUCAUAAUGUACAAUAUUAUCAUACAACAAAUAAUG